AUGAAGCAAAGAUUCUCGUCGCUAGACGUCAAGGUCAUUACCCAGGAGCUGGCGUCGGAGCUGGUCAGCCUUCGUGUGUCAAACAUCUACGACCUGUCUUCGCGCAUCUUUCUCUUCAAAUUUGCCAAACCGGACCACCGCCGUCAACUCAUCGUCGACUCUGGCUUCCGCACACAUGUCACACAUUACUCCCGCACAGCAGCCACCACCCCUUCGCCCUUCGUAACACGAUUGCGCAAGUUCCUGAAAUCGCGUCGCGUUACAAGUGUCACACAGAUUGGCACAGACCGAGUCAUUGAUAUUUCCUUCAGCGAUGGCGCAUACCACAUGUUUCUCGAAUUCUUCGCAGGCGGUAACAUCAUCGUGACAGAUCGUGAACACACCAUUAUCUCGUUGUUCCGACAGGUCAAUGCAGCCGAGGGAGAAGAAGCGAAACUUGGAAUACAAUACAAUGUUACCAACAAGCAGAAUUAUGCCGGGAUUCCGGACAUCACGCCGAGUCGGAUCACGGAGACAAUAGAGAAGGCGCAAGCAUUGUUUGCCCAGGAUGCCAAUGCUCCCAAGAAGAAGACGAAGAAGAAUACCGAUAUGCUGCGGAAGGCUCUUUCUCAGGGAUUCCCAGAAUUUCCACCGCUACUACUGGAUCAUGCUUUUGCGGUUGUCGGACUUGAUGCGGCGACCCCGCUUGACCAGGCUCUUGCCAGUCCAGAUAUACUGCAGAAGGUGCGAGAAGUCUUGGAUGAAGCUGAAAGGAUCUCCAAGAGCUUCGACGUUGGUGAGAGCCAUGCAGGUUAUAUUGUCGCGAAAGAGGAUACACAGGUAUCAUCAACCCAAACGGAUGGUGAAAGUGAGUCGAAGACUCCAGGACUAUUGUAUGAGGAUUUUCACCCGUUCAAGCCGCGACAGUUUGCGGAUAAACCGGGUGUGAAGAUCUUGGAAUUUGAGCGUUUCAAUGCGACCGUUGACGAGUAUUUCUCGUCCUUAGAAUCACAGCGCCUCGAGUCGCGGUUAACCGAGCGAGAGCAGGCGGCCAAGCGCAAGCUAGAUGCUGUUCGUGAUGAGCACCGGAAACGUAUCGAUGCUUUGAAAGAUGCCCAGGAGCUUCAUAUUCGUAAGGCUGCCGCCAUUGAAGACAAUGUCUAUCGCGUCCAAGAAGCGAUGGAUGCUGUGAAUGGCUUGGUGGCCCAAGGAAUGGACUGGGGCGAGAUUGCGCGUUUGAUUGAGAUGGAACAGAGCCGAGGAAACCCAGUUGCUCAGAUCAUCAAGUUGCCUCUAAAGCUGUACGAGAACACCGUUACUCUAUUGCUAGGCGAAGGCGACGAGGAGGAAGAAGAUGAGGAUCUUGAAUCGAGUGACGAAUCCGAAUCCGAUUCUGACUCGGAAGCGGAAGAAAAGGAAGAUCAAAAGCGAACUGAUGUUGCCUCGAAGAUGCUCUCGAUUGAUAUUGAUCUUGGCCUUACCCCUUGGGCAAACGCUAAACAAUACUAUGAGCAAAAGAAGCAAGCUUCGGAGAAGCAGCAGAGAACCGUCCAAUCUUCCACGAAGGCGCUUAAGAGUCACGAAAAGAAGGUUACAGCCGACCUCAAAAAGAACCUGAAGCAGGAGAAACAAGUUCUGCGACAGGCUCGCGAGCCAUUCUGGUUCGAGAAGUUUGUCUUUUUCAUCUCGUCCGAAGGCUACCUUGUUCUUGGGGCUCGAGAUGCCAUGCAGAGUGAGAUGCUUUACCGGCGGUAUCUGAAGAAGGGUGAUAUCUUCAUCCAUGCUGACCUUGAUGGCGCACUCCCCCUUGUGGUUAAGAACCGGUCCGGCGAUUCAAAUGCUCCUAUUUCCCCCAGCACACUUUCCCAGGCAGGCAACCUAUGUGUUGCAUCUUCGAUAGCAUGGGACUCAAAGGCUGUUAUGUCUGCUUAUUGGGCGCACGCACACCAAGUCUCAAAGACAUCCCAGACUGGUGGUGGAAUGUUGCCUACGGGUGCUUUUGAGAUUAAGGGUGAGAAGAACUUCUUGGCCCCCUCGCAGCUCGUGCUUGGGUUUUCCAUCUUGUUCCAGAUAAGCAAGGAGAGUUUGAAAAACCACAAGAUCCACUUCGAUGCUGCCGACACCCCGGCUACAGUUACUGCUACGGCUACGGAAACGGAAACACAGGAAUCUCAAGAAGAUGCCGAAAAAGAGGAAGACCGAACAGAGAUCCAAGAGGACGCAGAGAAGCAAGAAAACGUCUCCGAAGACGAGGAGGAGGACGAUAACGAUGCCGAGGGAGCUGCCGCAAACCCUCUUCAGCGUGGUGACUCCGAGCUUCCUCCCACCAAUGCAGAGCAGUCUGAACCUGAAGCCGAAUCAGCUUCCGAGGAUGAGGAACUGGAGGCUGAAGUCAAGGCCGAGGUCGACCAGGAUCUGAACACCGAGGACGCAGAAGAGGCAGAGCAGCCAGAAGAAGAAACCGCUUCCAAUAUUCAAGAGGCUGCUCCUACAGAGCAAGAAGACCAAAAACUUUCAGCCCGAGAACGUCGUACCUUGCGACAGGGUAAGCCUAUCGAUCGACCCGGCCAAGCUGAACCCGCACCAGUCCGUACUGCGCCGACUCGCGCCAAGCGGGCCAAGGAGAAGCGCGCGGCGGCAAAAUAUGCCCACCAGGACGAUGAUGAACGCGAACUAGCUCUCCGUCUUCUUGGAGCUGGCAAGGGAAAGACUGCCAAGGCAGCUCAAGCUGCCGAAGCCAAAGCCCAGCGUGAACGAGAACUCGAGGCCCAAACACAACGACGACGAGCACAGCACGAACGCGCCGCUGCCGCCGAGCAAAAGCGGCAAGCCCAGUUCGCCGAGGGUGGUGAUGAUUACAACGAAGAUACUGCUGCCGCUGAAGCUGCGGACUUGAGCUGGCUCCCGGCUUUGGUCGGCAACCCAACACCAGAUGAUGAAAUCCUGGCUGCUAUUCCAGUUUGUGCACCAUGGGGCGCUCUGGGCAAGUACAAGUACAAGGUUAAACUUCAGCCUGGUGCCGUGAAGAAGGGCAAGGCUGUGAAGGAGAUCAUUGGCCGUUGGGUAUCUGAAACCACAACCGGCAAGGUCAAGAAAGACCAUGCUGAGGAUGUGGGAAUUUCACGUGCUGAUGCGGAGCGUCUUCGGUCCAGAGAGGGUGAACUGAUUAAGGGAUGGAAAGAUAGUGAGGUCAUCAACUCUAUGCCUGUAGGCAAAGUUCGUAUCAUGACUGCUGGCACCGGCGGCGGCGGCGGCGGUGGUGAUAAGGGCAAGGGCAAAGGAGGCGGCGGUAAAGGGGGUGGAAAGGGUGGCAAAGGUGGAAAGAAGAAGUAA